AUGUCAACUAACCAGGGCAGUUCUGUCGUCAUCAAGGCGUCGGCGGUGGCGGAACCCGGGACCUUGGUGGAGGUCUACCGGGGACGUGCACCUGGCGCUUAUGUGCCGGGAACACCGUGGCGCACUUGGAAAGUUACAGACGAGAUGGAACAAAGACUGAUCUUUUUGCCGGAAGUUGGCAGCAGAAACUACGAGUUGUUGGAGUCACUGCUGCAAGGCAAGGAGCCAGAGCAGGAAAAUGGAGGGAGUAACUACGAACUACAAGGGGAGCCAGAACACGUGCCAUUGAAGGACUUGAGCGAAAGGAUGGCAAACCACUUCCAACCGAAGAAAUUGGUCCUGGAGGAACGGUAUGGAUUGAUGUCCCGAACACAACGCCCUGGACAAACUCUACAGACUAUUAUGCGGGGUUGCAGAAAGCUGCAGCGAUAU